AUGGCACCCGGAAGACAAGUACAGACGACCAUCAACUACUUCGAUGACCCUGGUGUUCCUUUGGUGCCAAUGGUCAUCGGAGGACCGACGCCCGGAAAACCCCAGCCGAAGGUUGCCAUCCCGACUACCAUCACCGACAUAACCGGAAGGGAAGACGAGUUCACUCUUGACGUUCAAGGAUUUCACUAUGUCAAACAUGAGAGUCAGGUGACGAACUGGGAUGAUGACGAAGAGAUCAAGCGUGUCAACUACCCGGAGAUGGAGAAGCUGUGCCGGAAGGUGCUGUCUGAGACCAAGGAUCUUCCCGAACCGUCGUUGGUACAUAUUAUGACACACAUCAUUCGCCGUGGGCCCAAAGACGGCGACGGUCCCAAGGGUCCUGCACCACUGUACGGUGUUCAUGUAGACCAGUCGUUCAAUGCUGCCGAGGGAGUUGCCCAGAGAUGGCUAGGCGACAGGGCGGAAGAGUUACUCAAGAAGCCUCGUUACCAAAUCAUCAACAUGUGGCGACCGAUUCGUCCCAUCACUCGGGAUCCUUUCGCCGUAUCCGACGCUCGGUCGAUCCCGGAUUCGGACUUGGUUUUCGUGCCAGUCCGUUUCCCGGACCACGACACGGAGGCAGUCGAGGUGCGGCCACCGACGGAUUCACCGCACAAGUGGUACUUCAGGGACAAACAGCAGCCCGACGACGUGCUGUUUUUCAAGCAGGUCGACUCAAGCAGGAAACCCGGAGUACCCAGGAGAGUACCGCAUUGUGCUUUCAAAGACACCGAGCUUCCUGAAGGUGCGGGCGAGCCGAGAGUGAGCAUUGAAGUCAGAGCAUUCGUAUUUUACGAUGAGGAGUGA